AUGACUGAGAAUCCAGACAGAGAUGAAAAUAGCGAUUGUCAGAGACGGCUCAUGGAUGCUACCGGAGCUGAAUGCAGUGGUCACGACAGCAAACGGUACGGAACUACCGAUACGACAACCGACAUCGCCGAUGGAAAAAUAUCAGUUAAUACCACAAAUGUUAGUAAUGAUAAUUGUGAGAGUGGUCAGGGAGGAGGACAGGGAGAGAUAGAAGUGGAUAAUCAAACUACCUGUGAUACUGGUCUAUGUUGUACUGUCUUUAGAUUUAUAAGACAUUUGAAUGCCACCGAAGAUCACAUACAGUUUGCUGACAAAUGUUUUUCACUAAUAUUUGGCACAUUUGUCGGAUUAAUUGCCCUAUUUAUUGCUAACAUCAUUCAAAUAAGUUGUUUAAUUAUGGGUUCGGUAUACAUAUACGACUGUCCCAAUUCACCGGGAAUACCAGCUAUCUUGAUAACCCACGGUGCCAUAAAUAUGUUAAUCAGUAUAAUUGAAGGCAUCAAAAGGCGUAUUAAUAGUCAUUCAAAAAUUAUCAAACAAUUCAAUUCCGUAUUGACAUUACUAAAACUUGCAUCAGCUGUUAGUUUCUUAAUAUGGAUGGUUGUAGUCUAUGACAGUAUUACACCCAACUAUGAGGAUAAAAGUGUACAAAAUUAUUGCAACAAAAAUUUAUAUUUAUUUGCAUUUUGGUUAUUAAACUCAAUGUUGAUAUUAAUGUUUGUCACAUAA